CCCUGCAGUUGUUCGCUCGUUCACCCGCUCGACUCCCGGUAUCAGUCGCGGCGAGUGUCGCUCGGCGGGAAGACGCAUCUCGCUGCAGCCUCUGGCCCCGCGCGCAAACCUCGUUCCUCGCGAUAGCGCGCGUACUCUCUUUGUGUGCCCUUUUGUGCGCAUAUCGUACACGGUGCGAGCCUUUGUCCGACCGGUGAACGGGAUAGCCAAAGUGCGCGGGCAUUGUUUCCAUCGUCGUGUGCGCGAGAUGCGAGUAUCGAUAAGCGGCAAACGCCGCCGGCGAAGGCCGUCAAUGAACCGGCGAGCCGCCGCCGCUGCAGUGUGAGUCUCCUCCGCCUGCAAAAUGAGCGAACCUGCCACUGCGCGGACUGCACGCCGGCGCUCGCUGUUCGGCGGCAGGACGUCGAGCGACUCGCGCCAAGUGCUGGCGUGCCUGGCGAUGCUGCUGCUGCCGAUGGCCAGCCGAGAGCAGCAGCAGCAGCAGCAGGAGCCGCCCCAGCCGUCCGGCCACCAGGAGCAGCAGCCGCAGCAGCAGGACCAGCAGCAGGCCUGCGGCGGUCACCUGACGGCCCGCCGCGGCACCAUCGCCACGCCCAACUUCCCGGGCCCGUUCGCAGUGCCGCUGAGCUGCCGCUGGCUCCUCGACGCCUCGGAGCUGGCCGACCAGGCGAACGCCUCGAUCGUCGUCUACCUGAGCCAGCUCUACGCGUUCCGCGGGCUCAGCUUCACCGAGUACGCCUACUACGAGUCCGAGACGGUCAGCUUCGGCGGCGCCCUCGUCCAGGCGAUCGACGAGGGCAACGUCUUCGAGCACCGCUGGCUGCGCACCUUCCGGCCGUACCUGCUCGUCGAGUUCCAGCUGGACAGGCUCGAGGGCAACCACGUGCGCGUGCUCGACAAUCUGCUCGACGUCUACGGCUUCAAUCUCACCUACGAGAUGACCGAGGACAGGGAGAACCCGAACUCCUGCUCGCUCAGGGACUGCUCCUACGCCGGCAACUGUCUGCUCGCCUCGGAUUACGCGAGCUUUUACUGUGAUUGCUUCGAGGGAUUCGGCGGCAGGCACUGCGGACACGGGCCACUCUGCGUAACCGAACGCGGCAAUCCGAUCUGCCAGAACGGCGGCACCUGCAGGCACGUCGGAGCUGCGGCGGUGCGCUGCCUCUGCGCCCCUCGAUUCAGCGGAGACUUUUGCGAGAUUUCGCAGGACGACAGCGAGGAAAAUGGUUGCAACGCCGAGGCCAACUGCAUCUUCCAGUGCCCGUACCCUGGGGAGCGUCAGCAGCAGCAGCAGCAGCAGCAGCAACGGAGCAGGCCCUGCCAGUGCAAGAAGCCGGUGCGCGUCCACACGGAUCGCACGAGGUUCGAGUGCCGAAUAAAAUUGACGAACGUCACGUACCCGAGGGGCGUCGAUUUCACCGGGCAGAACGUCAGCCUCGAGUCGCACCUCAGCAAGCAGUUGUCGAAAUACAUAUGGGAUUCGAACAUUUCGUCGAUGGAGGAAUUGAAAAUUCUCAGUGUAACUCCAGCGCUGGAGGUGAAUUUUCACUUUUUCGGCAACACGCUCGACGCCGACAAAAUCCGGGCUGCCCUCAACCGGCUGGUGCAGCGUCGCCGGCUCGCCGAGUUCUUCCUCGAGCCGUCCCACUUCACCUUUCAGCAGAAGCCGGCACUUCGGCUGCAGAGUCUGAGGAUCAACCAGGUGAACGAGCGCCAAGUCCAACUGGGCGAUCAGUUCAUCCUGUCCUGCCUCGCGGUCGGCAGCACCGACCUCAAGUUCUCUUGGUACAAGGACGACAUGGCGGUGAACAUGAGCAAGGCGACCAGGGAAAUCUGGUACCGGCACAUGCCGAACGACGGCUCGGAUUACCACACGUCGAUCCUCACGGUGGACAAGGCGACGCUGCUGGACGAGGGCCGCUACACCUGCCAGGUGGUCGACUGGGGCGUCCAGCAGUGCCGGAGCAUCCACAUCGACGUCAAGGACGAGCCGAACGUCAAGGUCGUGCCCAUGAGCAGCACCCUCGAGAAGGGCAGCACGCUGCGGCUGAUGUGCACGACGCCGAACAUGCGGAGCAUCGGGAUCGGUUUCGGCUGGACGAAAAACCGGGCUCUCUUGAAGCUCGAGCCCGGCCAGGAGGUCUGGGAGGACCUCUACCCGGCGGGCAGCCUCCUGACCAUCAGCCACGCCCAGAAGUCCGCGACGUACACCUGCAACGUGGCCCACCACUCGAGCUCGGUCCGCGUGGAGGUGGUCAACCGCACGCAGAUCCCGCUCUGUCUGGGGGACCGGCACCUGGGCCUCGGCUGGCCCGAGACCGCACCCGGCUCCAAAGCCCUGCUGGCCUGCCCUCAGGGCUUCGUCGGACGCCACGCCUCGCGCCAGUGCAACAUGCGCGACGCCGUAAGCUCCGGCUGGGAGCUGCCCGACUUCUCCGGCUGCCUCUACGAGCCGCUCGUCCAGCCCUACAACGACUUUCGCAGCUUGACGCUGGGAUAUGAAAGCACAAACGGCUCCUCGACGAUACAGGCGUUCUGGGACGUGCUGCAAAAUCGCAGGUCGAGCUUCUAUCCGGGCGAGGGCGAUCGAAUAAUCGGACUGCUGCAGGAAGUCGAGCACUACCUGUACAACGUCGACGAGCUCGAGGACCUCAAGAACUCGGUCGAGGCCACGAUGAGGAUCAUCGACCGGAUCCUCAGCAACGAGGAUUCGAUUCUCAGUCAGGCGAAGCUCUUGUCCCUCAGCCAACUCGUUAUACGUAAUCUUGGAUACUGGAGCCAAGACAGUAGCGAGAGUCACAAGCACCUGUCCCUCGCGGAACUCGUAGUCGACGUUCUCCCGAUGAAAGUAUACUCUAGUUCCAGCAUCAUGUACAGUUUGAAAAUACCUCAAGACAAUCAAAAAUUUUCUUCCUUCUCUCGUUCAAGCAAAUACCCCGACUGGUACAACGAGCGAGUGACGAUCCGGCUCUAUCAGAAUCGACUGCAGAACGCGAACAAAACUGUCUCGGGCAUCGUCGUCGUUUACCGCGACCUGGCGCAGUUUUUUCCCGACACCUACAUCACCGAACUCGACGACGGCAGCGACAUGGAGUACCGGCUCAGCUCGCGCGUAAUCAGCGUCUCUACCUCGUACCGAGGCUCCGAGCGAGACGAGCGUUUUUCGAUCGAGCUGGAGUUCGCCGGCGCGCGGAACCACUCGAAGGCCUGGAACGCCUCGUGCGGCGUACUGGGUCCCGACGGCGACUGGAACCUCGACAGCUGCAGCCUCGCCGAGGAGGGUUUGCUCAAGGACAGCGUGCUGCACUGCCUCUGCUCCAAUCCCGGUACCUUCGCCGCCUUUCUCACAACUCGCGCCGAAAAGGUCGUUCUGGCGAAAAACGAUCAAACGAAUUUCGUCGUGAUAUUGGGCUGCAGCAGCUGUCUGCUGCAGUGUCUGGUUUCGAUGCUGGUGCUAACAGCGUUCUGGUGGAGGAACCGGACGUGGCUGAAUUUUUUAAAAAUACAGUGCUGCGUCGCCGUCAUCGCCGCGAUGGCGACUUUCAUUUACGCGGUCCACAUCGAGAUUGCAGAGGAUAGCCUGUCCGUAGUGGCCAUGUGCUUGGAAGCUUUUCUCCUGAUCGGCACCUCCUCGCCGAUAUCGCAGGCGCUAAUUAUCUACGCUGAACUCUCCAAUAUCCAUCCAAGUCAACAACUUCAGCCGACCGUUGUGGCCGUCAUUACCGGAGUCCCGAUCCUGGCUCUACUCACGACCGAAUUAACGCGGAAAACCAUCGGUUGGAAGCACGAGUCCUGGUGGCUGGUCUUCGACACCGGGGUCUACAAUAUAUUCGUCAUAUGUUCGAUAACGUUGUUACUCACGUUUUUGCUACUGUACAUAGCUGUAAUUCAUAAGACUAGGCCUUUAUUAUACAAAUUUACGAAGAAAGAUGUUAUUCAACAAAGAGUAAGAAUGUUGCAUCGCUCGGCGAUCGUUAUUUUUGGUAUUGUGGCAAUGGAGGUGUCUUCAGUCUUCUACGUCAACUCGUCGUCGAUCAUUUAUCAUUACGUUUUCGCGUUUCAGUCAGCUCUUUUAGGAUUUAUAAUUCUAGCGAUGUACGUGAUGAGCGGCGAGGUGUUGGUCGUCGCCCCGGUUCUUCACAAAUUAAAACGUCAGGCGGAAUCUGACGACGAGUGCGCUUCUGAGCCGACUAAAGGUCGCUCGAAAGAGCGGGAGUUCGAAAAAGAGCUGUCCUCGUGUUCGUCAGGUCCAGGCUUAGCAGCCUGCAACACCAGCACGACCUUACCAAGCGGCACGACGCUACUUCUCUGUGAGCCGGUGGCCGUCUAUCCGGAGGCCCGAGGCGUCGCAGUGGGCAUCGACGCGCGCGAGUACGUGAACGAGGCCGCGGCUGGCGCUUACGCCGCUGCAGUCUCUGCUGGUAUCGUUGGCCCCGAGAUCCAGAUACACCACGUCGACGACAUCCAUCUCGAGAAUUACAGCCGGCUGAGUCCGCGCAGGCGGCUGCAGCAGCGCAGGUACGAACCGGCUGAGAAGAGCAGCUUCGUAUUGCCGAGGAACUUUGCCGCCAACAGCCAGACGACGACGACGACGACGACGGCGGCGGCGGCAACGACGACGAGCCAGCAGCACUGCACGCAACCAUACAAAGAGCUCGUGACCCUGUCGAACCUUCCGACGACCCCAGACUUACAUCACCUUCAGCAGCAGCAGCAGCAACACCUGCUCCAAGCCCACCAACGUCUUCCUCCUCAACAAACUUCGGACUGCCCAACGAGUCUCCUGUGCAGCGCCCAAAUCGAGACCUGCCUGACCAUGCCGGACGUGACCCUUGCGAUAAACGGCGACGCGGAACAUCCGCACCCUAUUCUCGUGGUUGCUCCCCUAGUCGAGGCGCAGCAGAAGAUUUCGUGCGGAACGACAGUGACGAGCCAAUCCACGACGAUGCCCGACAUCGCCAACACGAUGGAACAGCGCAAACAACCAGACGGCGAGGACGUGUUGCUGAAGGUCGGUCGGCAGCACGAAAUCGUUGUUGAGCAGCUGCCAGAUCAAACGCUUAACACCAACGGAAUGCUCGACAGGAUAUCCCACGAUUUGGACUAUCUGCUCAACCGCACCAAGGAGGACGCGUGAGAGAUUGGAUUCUCUUUUGUGCGUCUCUCUCUCUCUCUCUCUCUCUCUCUCUAUCUCUCUCUGUAUACAUGUUUGCGAUCGAUUUUUUGAAGGUACGAAAGGUGUUUGCCUGUGAAAAGAAUCAAUCUAUUCGAAUAAACUUUUUCCGGAUUCUUCGCUGGACUUCGGUCUUACUCGGAUUCACACGAAAUUCGAUUCCGAGUUGUAUACGCGUCUAGAAUUUGUUUUGAUUCUGCAUUUGCAACUCAAAAAAAAAUGAAAGGACUACACGCGUUUCACGUAAGUAGAAGAUUAAAAAAAAUCAUACGUGUUCUUGAAAGACAAAGGUAGAGCAAUUAUAAAUAACACAAGACAUACAGUAGAAAAUGCCGAGAAUGUCAAGGUGUAACUACUGUCUGUAAUUCGAUGUCCCUGUUUUCAAAGUCGCCGAGUGCGAGGUGGGACGAAAAUUUGUUAAAAGUUUUUCAUAUGCGAUAUUUCUUCGCUCUUAUUGCAAGGAAUCAAAACGCGCCUUUUAUUUGAUUACGUAAGGAAGCUAUUUAUAAACUGACAUCCCUCUUAUUUCGAUAUACGAAAUAACACAAAGGCCUACUGCUGCUGCUAUGCAAUUUUGCGGAGUGCAUCGUGUUCACUGUAAAAUUGAAUCUUUCGUUUUUUCAGUUUCUGCAGUAAUUGUAGUUUCCAAACAAACAUUUAAAGAUUAUACCAGUGGCAUUUUUUGUCGAAAUUAUUAUCAAUAUCAUUAUUUUUAUUAUAACUGUUUUUGUAUGAGUGUACUUGUAUGUAGUCAAAGAAAAGACGCCCGCACGGAGCUUUUAAGUCGCAGUUACGAGCACGUCUCUAUAUAUAAUGCAUAUGAAAAGUCGAAGCUGAAGUUGGACAGCGUUCUGCAUCCGUGUGUGCAAUUUUUCAGACUGGGACGUCGCAUCUUUUCGUUGCGUGUGCGCGCUUCAAUCCUUUUACGUGCAAUUUUCAUUUUAAUGAUACAACGCUCCAGAACUCGGACUCUAGUUUGUACGAGAGAUCUUAUUUAGAAGAAAAUUCUCCGAAAAAUGUAAAAGGCAUGUUUUAAUUUUUCUCCUUUUUAAACUUGAAUCUUUUUCAUUCACAAUGUUGAGAAAUUGAUUUAAAUUUAUAAAUACGAAUUAUAUUUGACCUGGCUUGGUUGAACUGUUGAAAAGAUUGAAAAUUAUACGGAGCAGAUGAAACCUUAUAUUGGCUGAAUAAACAAAUUACUACUGAUAGAACUUUCUUCUGUUAUUGUUAAAAUAUUACCAUAUAUUAUUACAAUAUAUUAUUAAAAAUUUUAUAAAUAAAAAUUGUUGUUUUUUGAGACAGUAAAAAGUCACCUUUUUACUAACAUAUAUCAGACUUAAAAAUAUUGUUAGACUUGAUUUAUGCCAUUAAACAUAUGUCAAUGUAAGUGUGUAAUGAAUGAGUAUAUUGUGACUACUUUCAAUUUUAUCACUAACUUGUAAAUAAUUUUGUUGAAUCCAAGGUAAUUGUCAAAUUGCGUCGGGAUUGUAAUUUAAUAGGGCAGUGUGGAUUUUUAAUUAAAUUAUAAAAUACUUGCGAAAAAGGAACUUCAGAAAGUAAAAAUAUAUUUUUCAAAGUUUUUCGGUUCCCAGACGUGUUUGAAAAAAUUUAAAUACUAUAAAUCAAUAAAUUUCCAACGCAUUGUUUUUUUUUUUUUUUUUUUUUUUUAUUAAAAUUGACAUUUGAAUAAAUGAGGUGAAUUUUAACAGCGCAUCGUUAUAACAUAAGAGAAAUAAAUCACACUGCAACAUAUUUUAUUUCACUGAGUACGGUAGGAAAUCUUUGCGCGGCUUCUACGUAUAAUUAUGUAAAUAAUAAUUGGACAACAUUGAUUUUCUGCGGAGUUGUUUUAAAAACUUGUGUCUUUAACGCGGAAUUAAAAAUACGUAACAGUCGAAAAAUAAAUGUCUUUAGACAUUUAAGGUUACUAAUAAAUUUUUCUUUCCGGCAUGCACAUCACUGAUAGCGUUAAAGUUGCGAAAAUUGAAAAAAAUCUCCAAUAAAAUUAUUGAAAUCAGUGUAUUAAAAAAAUGUAUAUAAAUCAUUAAUAUAAUGGAAACUGUAAAUGUACAAUAUUGCGAUACCAAACGAUCUCAAGCAACUUCACCUACAUGCUUCAUCAUUCUGCAUUUUUUUUUUAAACUAAGUAGAAAAAUGUUCUUCCUAUGUCAAAUUCACUGGAAUAUCAUCUUUUAAAAAAUACUUGAUGAAAAAUAUAGAAUUAUGUACAAAAAUAUAGUGUAAUGUUAAUCCGAUCGUGAACGCAUACUUAUCAACCUGCUUGAACACAUGACAAAAGGAAAAUUAUUUGACAUCGAUUUCAAUAAUCUUUCGAAAAUUCCUUCGUUGUCCGAUUUUUAGCACGACAUUCGUCUCAAUGUAUAAAAAAUAAAGUUUUUAUAUGAAUUUUGUAACCUCUUGGGUGUGAAACAUCCAAUGCUCUAAUGUAUAAAUUAAGAAAGGAAAAAAAUAGACUGCAUAUUGAAAGCAAA